UCCUCUUUCAGCGAGGCUAGGGGGGGAAGGGCACAGGCAGGACCGUGUGCUCGCCUGCUUGCAUGUAUCACUCCCUCACUGCAGAUUGAACACAGCUCUUAGCACGGUAAAAGACUUUCAAAUUCAACCUCUAGAGAUCCAAUUUCUGCAAAACACAGCCUGCACAGGCCAAGAGAACCAUUUCAAAGAUGGCAGCAGAGGAUGGUUUCAGCUACCUCAUACAAAGCCACAAUGAGAAGCACAGGCGAGCCCCGAAUUGGACUGACGGGGAGAUGAAGGCGCUCCUGUACGUUUGGGAGGAACACCACAACGAACUGAAAACGAGCAAGAGGAAUGCCAAGGUUUACGAGAAGAUGUCCCAGAGGUUUUACCAGCUGACUGGAGAGCAGCGUUUCAAAGAGGAGAUCAAGAUGAAAAUCACCAACAUGUCUUUUCAUUACAGGCGACUAAAAUCUACAGUUGGAGAAAGUGGGGAGACGCCGGACUGGCCUUAUUACAAACACAUCGAGAAGAUCCUCUCCAGGCCGCUGGAGAACGGCCGGGUGAACUGUUUGGACUAUCAGGCCUCCGCUGCAGGUCCCUCCACUUCCACCCAAUCAACAGACAACCUGGUGACCCUGACAGAUGAGGGGGUGAUUGGGUUCCUGCCAGAGUACACGGGCUCCUCAGAUGAGAUGGAGAUAAAACAAGAGCUUGACUCGCUUAGCUCUGAUAGUGAGCGCACACAUGGCUCCAGCUCUCACCCUAGUGCAGCCAGGAAACGGCAUGGGAACAAGCACCUGAAAAGAAAGAAACUGCAGCUGAUGCAGGCCAUGCUGCAGCAACAGAAGAAGUCGACCCGGGCCAUCGAGGAGACAUGCAGGGAGGUCCGUCGAGCCAUGCACCAACAGAACCUCCUUCAGGUCCAGUGCCUGCAGCUGCAGGAACGCAUGAUGAACCUCCUGGAGAAGAUGAUCCAGCCUCCAUCAGCUACAUCAGCAUCAUGGAGUCAGAGUGGGGUCCAAGAUGCAGUGAAGCCAUGAAGUGUAGGGUUAUGUUUUUCAUAGAGAGAUCAUUGUCUUGCCUCACCUAUAGCCUAUAUUAAUAAUGGAAUCUUAGUUUGUCAUCGAACCUAAUUAGGGCUUGUUGUGUUGUCCAAACAUACUGUAGUUCUUUUCAGUAGUAGACAGAGGUACCAGUACGUUCCAUUUCUAUCCCUUAAAGUGUCAUCAGCCUGAAUAUGUAAAAGUAGGAUGAUCCUGUUCAUAACCCUUGUAAUACCGUUAUGCUGGUAGUUUAGCAUCUGAGCCUGUCUCCAAAGACACUUUUAAUUUCAAAGAUUGUUGUUUCAGUUCUUCUUUCUAAUUUUUUUUUGUCAGUAACCAUUUUAAAAAUCACUGUGGGAACAGCCUUGCAAAACACACUUAACUCUUCACUGUGCCAGGAAUAAAUUACACAUUGUGAAUAUUUGAUGCCAAAACAGGGCCAUUUGUAGCAUUAUGAACUAGUAGUUGAGGCAAUAAUCUUUUUUGCUGUUAAACUAGUGACAGGGAAGGAGCUUGAAAUUACACGAUAAAUAAAACAAAUUGCAACACUGAAACAUUUCUCUUUCUGUGCUCAAGAGCCUCAUGUUCAGCUAUAACUUGGCCAAAAGUGUUUAACCCUUAUUUUACUAUGUCACACUGAUGUAACUGUAGAAGUGUAAAACUGAAAAGAAGUAUCUCUGACAAUGGCAUUGAAUUUCCAGAAAAUGAGAUACAU